UCAUUUCAUGUGUGAUAGAGCUUGCGUGUUUAGUUAGUGAGUUUGAGUAACCUCGCGUAAACUAAAUAACUUUUACUUAAAUUUCAGGGCCAUUGACAGCUGACAGAUCCAGACGAAGACAAUCAGAUUUGUUACUAACCCUUUACUGCACUUACUUGAGCAUAUCAAGCACUAAUGGUUUACAGAAUGUGAGAAUCUUGCAGAAAAUCGGUGAAAUUCAUUUUGAAUUUUGGUUUCAAGUUUGAGUUGAUUUUUCAGUCGGUUUACCAGUUCUGAAGUGUUUGUACUGAACUCAAAUUCUUUGUCAUCUGUUUUUUUUUUUGUUCUUAUUACAACUAUCAUUAUCAUUCAUUUGCAUGAUUUUAUACUUAUCAUAUAGCUUAGAGUAAUUAAUAACUGUAGUGAUUAGUUAGUGCAGUAGUGAAUAGACUAGUUUGCAUUAAGUGUUGCUUAAAAGUAUCUAGAGUGUCGGUUGAAAACAAUAGAGCAAUUUAAGUAUUCAUUCUAGUGCCGAUUUAUUUUCAGCUUUAAAUUCAUCAGUUUGCAGUUUGUUUUUGUCAGAUUUUGAAUUGUUGAUAUGGCAGAAGGAGGUGAAAACCUAACAGGUGUUGAUCAAGAAGCGGGAGCGAAACCAAAGAAGGGGCGUGGCCGAGGAUUGUCAAAAACAAAUACAUCUUUGGUAGACCCAGGUAUAAAGCAACCCGGAUAUAAGGUAAUAAGUAACCAAGAAUAUGACGAUCUUAUGGCAUUGAAAGCUAGCACUCCUAUCAUAGGAAAUGCUGGACCAUUCAAUUUCCCUGGUUCGAAUGCAUCAUUACUGCAAAGUAAUUUUGAUGUAACACCUAAAUUACCUAUAUUCAGUGGUAGUCUUGAACCAAACAAGAGUGAAAUUAGCUACGAUGUUUGGAGUUUUGAAGUGAAAUGUUUACAGAAUUCGCAUGCUAUUCCUGAGGCUUUAUUGCUUCAGACUAUCAGAAAUUCUUUAAGGGGUGAAGCAAGGUCAAUGUUGGUAUCCCUUGGGGAAUCAACUACGGUAGAUAGGGUCUUAGCUAAACUGGAAGGUUUUUACGGCUUAGUCAGUAGCAGUGAAACUUUAAUGCAGGGCUUUUAUAAUGAUUGUCAAAAGGACACAGAGUCUAUUGUUCAAUAUGGUUCAAGAUUAGAGUCAACGUUGUGUAAAGCUAUCAAACAAGGUCAUAUCAGUGAUGCUGCAAAAGAAUCUAUCUUGUGUAGUAAAUUUUGGACAGGUCUUAAAAGCAAACCUUUGAGAAGUGCAACUAGGUAUCUUUUUGAUUCUGUGAAAGAUUUUCAGAGUUUACUUAAAGAAAUCAGAAAGAUUGAACAGGAGGAACUAUGCAGCAGUAAGGCCAGCGAAAAGUCGACAGCUCAUCAGAACCUUGGUACAGCAAGAGUAGAGAAAGAGUCUACAACUAACGAGGAGUUACUCAAGACACUACAAAGUAUUGAAAAAAGGUUAGAGAAAGUAGAACUAAUGCAUAAUCAAAGUAAUGAAUUAUCUCCUCCAAACACUCAGUUUUAUGGCAGAGGACGAGCAUUUCGGAGGGGGCAUUCGUACAACAGAGGAAACAACAGAGGUAGGUAUUUCAAGAAACCAUUUGAAGACAAAAUCAGGAGUGACCCAAAAGAGUAGUCUCUUCCACUGCAGGGCAAAUGGAAGAGAAAAGUAAGUGCCCUACAACUUUAGAACAGAGAAUGGUUGGUCCAUCAAAUACAAGUACUGUUAAUUUUUGUGGAAAAGAGGUCAUUGGUCUCAUAGAUAGUGGA